CCUUUGCUUGGGUGUGAUAAAAGGUACGGUCCCCUCUAGUGUGACACAUCACCUGGGGCUCGGACUCAUAAGGUAUACAUAUUGGCUUACCCUCAUGCGGGAUUUAGUCAAGCUGGAGGCACAAGACCUCCUGGGUGGAUCGGGUGGAAAAAAGACCACCGGCCGUGAACGGUUUUCAGGCAGCAACCGUUUUGCAGCGCAUGAUCUACUUGAGGUUGACGAGGAAACCUUCGUAGAGGACCCUUCUUUUGAUGAUGAUCAAAAGCAAGAUUGCGAGGCAUCAUGCUCUUCGUCAGCCCAUGAGUCUGAGUAUGUAAAUGACGAUGAAUCUAUUAAUGCCUUCAAGAAGACUGCCUUUAAAAUGCUGCAACAAGAUGAUGGCGACGACUUACGUUCGCUCGAAUUCUAUAGCAAACGUAUGCCGAGUCACAAGGCUAUUCUCGCUGUUCUCAUUGGGACGAUGACGUUUCUCGCAUGGCAUGUCGGCAAUAAAAGCAGUUCUGCGACGGUGGUUGACCUUUCUCGUAAAUACCAGCGGGAGUUCCUCCUACGCACAACAGAUGACUUUGUGUCCUCCCUUAAAGGAAAAGCUCAGCUGGUAAGGAUAUCUGCGAGCUUGCUGAUGGAUGAACAGCUUUUUCCAUCCAACAUGAGUACUGCCGACUUUGAUACAAAGGUGCAAGCAGUUGCAUGGGCCUUGUUCAGGUACAGUCCAAUUGGCACCACGGCAGGGUUCCAAACAAUGUCAGGAAGGAGCCUUUUUUAUCGCUGGGAGACUAUGUUGCCCGCCUAUGGUCGACAAAAUAGUACACCAUUUCAACCGAGUGAUCUCUACGCUGGCUGGCUUGGUGAAUUGUCAUCCGCAGAUGACUACAUGCAUGAGCGUCCCAGGGAUGUUGUUAUGCGCCUCUAUCGCUCAGGCAUGCCUAGGGAGGGGGGGGACAGCUCCAUUGCACCUUUGUUCCGGUGUAAUGUCACGAACGCCAAUGGAACUUGCAAUCGUCCUUUUGAAAAGGUGGAGGAUAUGUAUCCAGUGCGGAUAAUGGAUGAAAGAAAAAUGGGCUUUAUCAGUAAUGCAGCGAAGUUUCCUGGUGUUGACCAAUGGGACAUAUUGAUCGGCACCUUAUCAAAGCCGGUCAUCGCUCUGGGGUUCGGUUUCGAAACAAGAUCAAGGGGCACUGUCGUGGCAUAUAUUAGAGAGGUGUUGACGGAUGUCAGCAGGUUCCUCAAUAAUUUUGAUCUGAAAGGUGGCCGUGCAUUCUUUGUGAGCAAGGACGGAUACCUGGUUGCAACACAGGAUGGGAAAAUAUACACCGUUGAUCCUGUUACCGAUGUGGUCAGUCAUCUCAAGGCAGUGGAGUCACCAGAUGUGGUGACUCGGGAAGGUGCAAGAUAUGUCGAACAACGCUUUGGGAUGCAUUUCCUGUGCCACAACACUACAUGGACACCUGAUGUGGUGGUUGGUGGGGAGAAAUACUUCAUUGACACGUGGCCGAUCAAUUUUGAGGGUCUGGAGCUCUCGGCAGUCAUGAUGCUUCCACGAGCUGUGAUCUUAGAAGAUUUGGAUCACAACCGGCAAGUGGCAGUGGUCACACUUGUUGUUAUGGCUGUUUCUGCUCUAGCAUUCAGCUGUGUGCUACUGUCCCUAUUUGUCGGGAUUAAGUUCUCACAGUUGCAUUUAAAACUGAGGCUUGCUGAGGAAUGUGAGACCAAAAAGCAAUUUGAAGCAGAAAAGGAAGCAAAGACAACAUUUCUUUCGAACAUGAGGCAUUACAUGUCAGGAGGGCCCAAGUCAGAGGAGGUACCCGACCCUUCUAGGGGGAAGGGACCUGUCCCAUAUCUUGGGGAUGGCUACAGUCAUUUGGUGGGAGCAGACUUCGUUGUACAGGCUUUUCGGAAGUCAAUCUAUGGAGACCGUUUUUUGGAGGUCUCUUAUGAUUACAUCUAUGGCAAGGGACGGAUUGAGAUCUUGAUCGGUGCCACUGGCAGCAUUUCUCUCGCCGAGGAGCUGUACCUCCGGAGUGUCGCGGAUGAGGAGAUGGCGAGAUGUAUGGCAUAUAUCAGCAAGAUCGAUCCUGCAGCAUCUUUUGACAUCAGCUAUGUGGUCCCGGAGUUUAUAGCCACUCAGGUUCUCAAUGAUGAGGAGGAUCAAGGUUAUACUCUAACCCGGUGCCCAUCACUAGAGAAGGAACUCAAAGAAGAUAUUGUCAAGAAGAAUGCCAAUGGGCACAUCUGUGAUGCCAAUUGGAACAAGGUAGACUUACGAGUCAAAGGAGGGAUGCGAGUGGUAAUCCCAGAGAAGGCUAAGGCCAAUAAGGAUAAAAGGAAGAAGGUUAGGGUUAAUGUUGUCACCUUUGACGGUAUGCUACCUCCGGAGAUAGUGGCUCGAGACGACAAUCCUGGAAGCCAAAACCUGAAUGUAUCCCAUAUCAGCCAAAAAAAGGUUGAAGAGAAAAAGCGGGAGAAGGCUCAAAGAGAGCUAGACCAGUUGAUCGAUGGGACCAAGGACCUAGUGAAGGAAGGGAAAGGAAAGAAAGCUGCCAGGAUGGUGGUCUUGAGAUCUGAGGCCGAGGAGGGUGUCUCGAUAGAUGAAGUAGAAAAGAAGCUACUUGAGGAAAUCGAGAUCACUCUAUCCUGGAAAGAGGCAGUAGCCUUGGUGCCAAAGUUUAGGGAAGAGCUCAAAAAGAUGGUUGAGAGGCGAAAGGUAGAAGUCAAUAGUCUAAGACUCUUCCCCCAAUAUGUGGAAAGAGCCCCGCGUGGUACCAAGAUGAGGUUUGGCUACAUGUCGUGUGGGUACUUUAAUAUCUCCGUAAACGACGUGCAGGUUAGAGCCCUAGUGGACUCUGGGGCUGAGAUGGUGCUUAUGUACUCGGCCACGAUGAGAUCAUAUAAGUUAAGAGAUGGCGGGUUCAUACUGGGAGUACCCUACUUCGACGAUGAAAGGGAAAGGCCCUUCAUCAUUGAAGCCGACGGCGGCCCGAUAGCAUUAGGAGGAGUGCUCGUGCAGCGAGAUGAGAAUGGUAAAGAAAGGCCACUUAGAUUUGAGAGGCGCACCCUUAAUUCGGUUGAGAGAGGCUAUAUCCAGUUUAGGAAGGAGCUUCUGGCAAUAUUGCACUGUUUCAGGGUGUUCAGACACUACAGUAUGGGACGAAGAUUCAUCCUAAGAACGGAUUUCACGACAGUAAUUGAGGCUGUUAAGAGACAUCAGCAAGUAGAUGCUACGGUUAGUAGGUGGAUAACUCAUAUAUGGACGUAUGACUUUGUAUUAGAAAAGGUACUUACUGAUAAGAAUUGGGUUGAUGGGCUAAGUCGUGUGGAAUGGGGAUCAAUAGAUGAUGAAUCUCUUGAGGAGGCACCCUUCGUUGAUGAAUUCCUUAUGGGGGACGAUGAUGAAGGGCUACCUCCUGCUCCUAAUUGUUAUACGGCCUCAGCCAUGGCGACCAGUAGAGAAGACUGCUGGGGUGAAAAAGAAGAUUCCUAUAUCCACUACCUCUUGAUUCAAGAGGAUGAGGAAGAAGGGUGGUAUGGGAUGGUAGAACAAGCUGCUGUUGCAGCUCAUGAGCUGGGUGAGAGUUCAAGAAUGACUGAGCAUCGAUUGAAUGAGACAGAGGAUGGGUCAGAAGAUUUAGAGGAAAGUAAGGAUGAUGGGGAAAGUUUUAGAAAGGAAGAAUACGACGGAGAGUAUAAGAGGAUCGGUAUGGUGACGAGCAAUAAUCACUUGAACGAGUUCUGUCAUGAGAGAACAAAGAGGACCUUUAGGCUACGUAGGGGUCACCUCUUUGUAGAUGCUGAGGAAGGAUUACCGCCGCUGAGAGUGGUGUGUGGUAGGGAAAGGCAACUAGAGGUGAUUGCCGCGCUGCAUGAAGGUCUAGCAGGGGGUCAUAGGGGGGCUGAUGCUACAUACUAUAAAGUAUCCCGACUAUAUCACUGGGAUGAUCUGAGGGAUAUGGUUAUGAGAUAUUGUACCCUACAGCCUGAUGAAGACAACGGGGUUUGGUAUGACCCGACAGUAAGUGGCACAGUGCUAGCAGACAAAGAGAAAGGGGUUUGAUUGGUCAAGCUGGCUUCUCAACAUGAGACAACCCCUACAUGGGGUAAGCUGGUUGAGAAGUUCUGCUAUCGACACAUUGGGCAUCAGAGCUUCGUCAUUCGGGCCAAUGAGUCUCCCACAUCGAGGUACACGUUGGUGAUCACUUAUCACGUGAGAGAUGCUGGGCARGGAGUGAAGGGAACCACCUAUGACCGGAUUGCUGACUAYAUCUUCCGUAGGGAGAGUUACUGGAGGGAACACKGGUUACAUGUGGUGUUUCCCCAUAUCCCCUUUGCACCAGGUGGUGCCCUCUAUGACUUUGACGGCUGUAAUCCUAAACCGCUGAACAGAGGUGGCAGCAAGGAAAAGAGGCAUCAAGAUAGGAGGAUCAGGAGCGAGGUGGCCAGAUGCGGGAUACCUAUUACCACCUGUCUACAGAGACUUCGUUGUACAGGCUUUUCGGAAGUCAAUCUAUGGAGACGUUUUCUGGAGGUCUCUUAUGAUUACAUCUAUGGCAAGGGACGGAUUGAGAUCUUGAUCGGUGCCACUGGCAGCAUUUCUCUCGCCGAGGAGCUGUACCUCCGGAGUGUCGCGGAUGAGGAGAUGGCGAGAUGUAUGGCAUAUAUCAGCAAGAUCGAUCCUGCAGCAUCUUUUGACAUCAGCUAUGUGGUCCCGGAGUUUAUAGCCACUCAGGUUCUCAAUGAUGAGGAGGACCAGCGUGCAUCGGUAGUCAACCCCGACACGGGUGUGGCGAAAGAUGCCGCUGUCGAGCGCAUCGGUCCGGCACCGCACGAAGCAGCGCGGGACCCUCCCGACCGCUGUCGGGACUGGCGGGGCGGCUGCUUGUCGGCAGACGGCAGGGGGACCACUGCAUAUGGGGCAAGGAAGGAGCCUCGGAGGCGAUUAGAAGCUUCUCGUAGCAUGGCUUGGAAAAAGCUGAUUCUUGUCGGACCGAAGGAAGUGAAUUCCUGGACGGCUGGCUCCAAUGGCCCUACCGAGAUGUGCGGGGUGAUUCCCAAGAUUAACGUGCGGAUCACGGACCAGGAGAGCAGAGGCGAGUGUGCGAUGGCGCGAAGAAGAACGUUCCUUGAGGAACGCCCCUUGGGCAUUGAACCGCGUAGGGAAGUACCGGGUGGGGUAGAGGUUAGCUUGCCGGCGGCAAGUGAAGGCUGGCACCGGGUGGCGGACUGGGUCAGGGUUGAGCUUGUGGAGAAUAUGGUUUACUUGGUGACGAAAGUUGAGUGGCGUGCGGCCGAGAAUGGGGAAUGGAACCCGGACCCACGGGGGCACGUGCGCGCAGAAGGGCGGUUGUAUGUGUCGGAAAAUGGAUGGAGGGAGUUCGGAGUUCGGCUGGCAUCAAGAGAAGACCCGUUGAGCAUGUUUGAAGGGGCGUGGCAGUUAGUAUGGCAAGCGGGAUUUGAGUUCACAGAUCCGGGGGUUGACGAUGUAACAGCGGACCUUAGGGUAGCCAUGGUUGGGAGUUUUGAAUUGCCUAGUGAAAGCGUACGAAUGAGGCUGCCACCCUUCUUGUUGGAAAAAGUGGGCGGUUUGGAACUCGUUAGACAAGCAGUAGCCGAUCUCGCAAGCCUGACAUAUGAAGAGGCGAUGGUACAUCGAGAAUACUAUUGGGCCUUCUUAGAAAGGGGGUCGUUCAGCGGAGAGCAGAAGUACGAGGGGACUUCUAAGUCGGAAAUGGCAAUGAGACGCGCCCGGAUGCCGCGGCGAUCGAUGUACCCGCGACCACCCACGGGAAACGGAGGUGGAUGGGAGGUGUCGCUCCCAGCAGACUACGCGAUUCAAGGAUUGGAUGUUGAAUGGAGAGCCGUGACCCUGGGAAGAGGACAGGCGUUCAUGAUGGUGGAAUGUUUGUGGGAUGAGGUAGAGGAGGCCCCGGAACUGCAAGAGCAGCACACGGAAGAGGCCGAGGCGCCACAAGGAGUCUCCAACCUCCAAAGCAUCCCAGGGGGCCUGGAAGAUUUGGAAAAAACCUUUGCUGAUAUUCGUCUGAACUUGCCGGACCGAGAAGGGGGUGAAGUCAUGAGAGCACCGCCUGACACUAAACUCAGCUUUCACGCACUGCCCGUAGGAAAGCUUAAAAUCCAGAUCGGAACUCACCACACCGAUGCAUUAGUGGACGGCGGCGCGGAAAUUACCCGCAUAAGACGGGAUUUCGCAACAAUCACCGGGUGCACAGUAAAUAAGGAAGUAGCAGGGAGUAUCAGGGGAGCCGGUGGCGAAAUCCCCGUCACUGGGUACGUCACCAAAUGCGCGGUCAGGGCAGGAGUCCGGGAAUCCAUCUGGUCUUUCCAACGGAUGACCGUCAUGGAAGAAAUGGACCAUGACAUAACCCUUGGGAGACCAUGGUGCGCCAACGUAGAAAUGAUUGGCAUGCACUUGCAUGACGGCACGUACAUGGCAGACAGAGAGGAUCCGGUGACUGGUCGCGGGGAACUCCUCCGACUCCUCGGAACAGGAAGGGACCCUCCGAAGGGCAAAUUGGCAACCUGGUCGCCAACAUUCGAAGAAAGUGCACGGAAGGGGGCAUUCACACGAAUGGAAGGUAUGAGGGAAAGGGUAGAAAUUAUGAUUGAGGAGGCUUUUAGUAAAAAGGAAUGGAUCAAGAUGGGCUUGCCCGUAAAAAAGAGGAGGCCAGAGGACGAGUCCCUGGAAGUUAUGGUGGCAGAAAAAGAGUCGGAAGUCGAACUUGGGGCCAGCCUGCCCAAGCCAAGGGAAGGCCGGAACGAAACAUCGGAGGUAGCACUUGAAAUCCUAGACUUAUUACAACUCGUUAAGGCCAUCAGGUACCACCAAGUGGGGAUGGACCUCGCAGCGCUUGCCAAAUUUGAGGAGGGGGUUCGAAAAGGGCUACUGUCUCAAUGGGAAGCUAGUCAGCAUCCAGCCCCGCGUCUUGGAGGUAGCAAGGCCGAUCCCGACCGUUCUAGGAAAACGAUCCCCGAAGGUAGUGUGCGAAAGUAUAAACCCGUAGGCAAGAAGGCCAAGCCGGUCUCAAUCCUAGUAGAAACGUCAAAGGAAGAGGCCAUGGAAAAAGAGGAGGAAAUAUUGCGGGUAAUAAGGGAGAGGCGAGCAACGGAAGGGCAUCGCAUACCAGAUGAGGUAGCAGACACCAUGAAAAUAGGAGUGGAAUGCUUUCUAACAGUGGAAGAAACUCGGUUGAUAAGAAAAGCAUGUCAGGAGUUUCAUUUAGCUUUCGCCUUCAACGAUCAUCAGAAAGGACGAUUGGACGCAAAGCUAGUUCCCCCUGUCAGGAUCCAUACCGUACAGCACGAGUGUUGGAAUGAUAAAGGGUCCGCCUAYGAGUUUGGRRUAGCAGCGGAGGUCACCGACCUGCUWRGAGCYAAAAUAGAUUCUUUCGUSGYUGAACCCACCGCAUCYCCCUACGYSAACAAGUGGUUCGUGUUCAGGAAGCCCAAUAAGACACUCARGUGGAUCCAGGACCUGSAGAAGCUCAAUGMGGUAACAAUUAGGGACGCAGGCUCGCUUCCACAGGCCGACUUAUUGGCAGAAUCUCAUGCAGGGCGGAGCAUUUACUCCCUGAUGCAAGUGACCCCUAUGGGCUUCACAAAUGCGGUAGCAGAAGAUCAGAGGAGGAUGCUCGCCGUCGCAAGGGAUAUGUUUCCGGAAAAGUGUGAACCUUACAUAGGUGAUAAUCCCGUGAAAGGCGCAAGAUACAAGGAUGAGACGGAAGUACAACCGAGAGUACAGAAGUUCGUCAGGGACCACUUGCAGGACAUUAAGGACUUACUCCAGCGAUUCCUAGUCUACAACAUUAUUGCAAGAGGACCCAAGAGCAUCCUGGUCGUCCCGGAAGUUACCAUACUGGGAUUUCGCUGUGGAGCUUAUGGGAGGAGACCCGAUCCAGCAAAGAUAGAUAAGAUCUCUCAGUGGCCGACACCCCUGCGUACCACGACGGAAGUACGAGCCUUCCUAGGGGUGGUUGGAUUCUGGAGGAUCUUCAUCAAAGGUUUCGCGAAGAUGGCAGAACCCAUCCGCGCGAUGAUUAGGGAAGGUGGCACUAUGGAUUGGACCGAGGAUAGGGAAGAGGCAGCCCAGACCCUGAAAGACAUCCUAUCAUCCGAUCAGGUCACGUUAGCAGCACCCUGCUUCAAUGACGAGGUAGGACGGCCCUUCAUUUUAGAAACAGACGGGGGACCAUUGGCAGUAGGAGGAGUAUUGAUACAGAGAAGCGAGGAGGGUAAAGAAAGACCAAUCAGAUUUGAAAGCAGGACCCUGAAUUCGGCAGAACGACGGUAUUCGCAGUUCAAGAAGGAGGUYUUAGCAAUCCUGCAUUGUCUUAAGACCUUCCAGGCAUACCUAUUCGGGAGGCGAUUUAUCCAAAGGAUCGAUCCCACCAACGUUGCCGGAGCCCUAAAGAAUUACAAGCCCAUAGACCCGACCGUUGGCAGAUGGAUAGGCUUCAUGUGGCAAUUUGACUACAAGGUCGAGCGAAUUGCAGGGCUUCGAAAUAGGGCAGACGGGCUGAGCAGGGUUUGUAUCACGCUAGAAGGAGUAGAGGACGCAGAACCAAUUGACGCCUUCCUGGAGUACGAAGGAGGGACCCUUGUCGUGGAUAAUGAGAUGGCAGAUCCGGCAAUUACAACAGGACAGUUACUGAUUCAGACCUUGAAAAAGGGCGCACCUACAGUAGUUGCAGAACCCAGGGAAGGACCAGUCACCACGGUUAGACGUAAACAGGAAAAAGACUCGUGGGGAGCAGAAAUAGGGGCCAAAGAGGAAUUGAUGGCAAUGGCCGUGGAAGGGGGACGGGACGCCGUAAUGACGUUGGCCGAAACCUGGGCGCAAAAGGAGUGUCAGUACCUAGUCAACCUCACUCGGGAGGAGCAGGGUGCGGAUCAGAACGAACAGGAAUUCUUCCUCAUACAAAUGUACAAGGGUGUCUUCAAAGAAAUCGGUCUGCUACUUGUAGGGAACAAACAACCCACGGAAGUCAGCCCCAUGGCAAGGGAGGAAGUGGAAAAGUUGUUCGGCGCGUGGUGUUCUCCAUCUCCACCGGAGGGCGUUGACACGGAUGCCCCUUGCAAUCGGCCGAACGCAAGGCCUGUGUCCCCCGGGACUCGCGUGGAGUCAGUGUUCGAUGAAGGCACGGGCGGCUCGGAAGCGGGCAACGAAGAUGGUCAGGCAGAGCAAGGAACCGCCGUUCCCACGGUCGCAAGUUCGACGGUCGGGCGGGGUGAUGUUAACGGCCAGGGCGCGGGUGGUGGAGCGGUCGGCGGACGACUUGCGAAUGGCCGCCCGGCAGCUCAGAAGAAGCAAAAUGUCCCAUGGACGUUGGAUGAGCGGGUGAAGCUUGCGAUUUUGAUGGGUGAGGAUGAUGCCCUUAUGGCGGAUGCUAACGGCCAGCACCGAUUCAAGCAGAGGAAAUACCGCACAGCGACGGCCAAGCUCAUCGUCGAGAAGUGUGAAGCGUCUGGACAGCCGUCGUAUUGGGAUAUGUCUACGGAGGAACGAAAGGAGAAGAGUCUCCCGCUUUCGUUUGAGAAGGCUGUGUGGGACGCUAUGCAGUGGCAGUUGAAUCGGUCGUCGAUAAGGUGUGACAACACAAUGGCCUCAGAGAACCUUCCGGGCGUUGGAACAGAUGCAACACCGGCGGGAGGAACGGACGGAAGAUGCGCGGAGGAGUCGGACAAUUCUGCUAAAUCGAGGCGGACAACCAGCGGGAAGGCGAGAAAGGAAGAUCCUGGCAGCAGCGUGUCGAGUUUGGGCAGGGCCAUGGAGGAUUCCACUCGAUCUUACUGCGAUGGCCUGGACAAAGCGGCCACCACCCUUGCCAAAGCUACCGCAGACGCGGGGUGUGCGAUCGCUGCUCGGAUAGGGGACGUGGCCGAAGCAAUGCGGGGUGGCAAUAGUGUUCUAGAGUUGCUAGUGGGUGUCCUUGCUCGGAGGGGGGCGAACGGCGUCAUGGUGUACGAGAUGCGCCACCAGCGGGACGGGUACCACACCAGGGAGUUCGAUUUCGCGGAUGGCGUGACACGUAAGUCCAUCCGCUUCUACGAAGUUGAUGUGGAUGGGGCACCCGCUAUGAAGAUGGACGUGGGCUUGGGGUUCUUCGGGAAUAAUCUCGGCCACAUGCUGAUCUAUGUGUCGAAGGUCGGGGAUAUGAUCCCCAAUCAAUGGGGCGGCCAUCCUGUUGAUGUGCUCGGGGAGAUCGUGCUUCUUUACGUCUCCACCCUUGCUGACAUGUACACAGACCGCCUAGAUCCGAUCCCGUUUUGGAGGUGCAUUCUUGAUCUGCCGUUGGUUGGCAGGCCAUAUCUGCACGGGGAGGAUGCUCGUAUGCGGGCACAUGCCAUCGACGACGAGUAUGAUGAUGGGGAUUGUCAUCGUCACGGUGAUUAUGACAAUGACAAUGAUGAUGAUGAUGAUGAUGAUGAUGAUGACGAUGAUGAUGACGAUGAUGACAUUCACGAUGACGAUGAAUCAAUCCUUCCACGACAGACAGAGAACAGGCAGACAGACAGUACCGCGGGAGGGGUAAGAGGAGGGGUAGGAGGAGGAGGAGGACGGGUAGGAGGAGGAGGAGGAUGGGUAGGAGGGGUAGAAGGAGGAGGAGGACGAAGAUCACGAUCGGGAGGAGGAGGAGGAGAUAUGUGACUACAUAUAUAUUAUAUAUACAUUAUAUAUAUGUGUAAAAAAAAAAAAAAAAUUGCAUACGCGUAUGUUGGUUUUUGGGCACAUACACGUACGCGCGCAUACGUAUGCGUAUGCAUCGCAUACGCAUACGUGGUGCUACCCAGCUCCACUAAACUAAGAAAAUUUCGGCAGCGCUUCCCGUAGGAAAGGAGCCUGUCCAAACAAGAAACAAUAAUAGCUCUUGACUGUUCGAAGUCAAAUUUUGUCUAACUCCCUGAAUUAGCAAAAAUUUGGGCAGCAGUCUUUUUAGGAAAGGAGACUUCCCAGAUUUUUACUAAGCCAUGUAUGAAAGUUAGACAAGUUCGAACUUUGGUAGACCAAAAUUUGACUAACUCCUUGGAUUUGCAAAAAUUUCGGCAGCGCUUCCCGUAGGGAAAGUGACUUACCAAGAUUUAUACAAGCCCAAGUAUAAUAAAUGAUCCCAGAAAAUGCAAAAAUUGAUCUAAGUAAAAAAACUACCACAGA